AUGGGCGAUUGCCGCAUUCUGUCAGCGAAUCCAAGCUUCUCGAACUUAAGUUUAUUUAAUGAAACCUUUCUGAACGCAUCUUUAAGGGCUGAAAACAGCUCGAUAUAUAGAUCAAUCACACCUUUCGUUACAAAAUUUAAAACUGCAUCUCAAGGACGACAGAAAACAGAUUUUAAGGUAAAAGAGUUUUCAAGCUUUAAUAAAAAUAAAUGUGAGAAUGAUUCCAUAAGUAAUAAAACAGAAAAGCAAUGUUUAGUAAAGUCUAAUUCUAAAGAAAGAAUUGCAAAAGUCCAAGUCAAACGGCUAAGAUUAGAAAAAGAUAAAGAAAUCCUUCAAAAAAAUAAUUUUCAAAGAAAGGAAAAAGUUAGAGAAGGGAGAUUAAACCAAAUUUUAAAUAGGCCUGGAACUAUGAGAUGGCUUAAAAGUUCUUCAGGUGCCCGAAUGAAAGUAAAUUUCCCAGAUUUGUCUUCAAGCACUUUGGACACUAGUAUAAAGUUAGGGAAUUGAGACACUUUUGGUGGAUAUAUAGGUCCUAAGCAAAAUGCAUGAAUAAACCCGACCCCGAUACCUCGUCUAAAUACUUCUCAGAACGAGAUUUUCAUUGAAAUAUGCCAAAAAGAUAGACCAUGGAUGAAGCAGAUAAGGGUGGACACCGCUUUAACAUAUUUAACUUUACGUAAAAAAGGAUGCUCUAAACAAGAAGCAGUUAGCUUUAGCUCAAAAAAUUAUUGUAGUGUCGAUGUCACACAGAUCCGUUAUGGGCCUGCUCAUUUUAGAAAAAUUUUGAGGAAAGAUAACAGCUCCCAAGGCCCUAUGUGGCAUGGAUGGCAACAUCAUCAGCCUAUUUUUGAUAUAUUCUCUGCUAAACUGAAUUUUCCUAUUAAUUAAUAAUCCCAUUCUUUUUAUUUUUAACACAAAUUUUAUAAAACAGCAUAAAACCUUCAAAUAGUUUCCAAAUGGACGCUGAAUAUGAUGAAGACUACAAGGAAUUAGAAAAUAACUUCCAAAAAAUCCAGGAAAGGUUCAAUAUCAUUAAAGGAGGGCUCGUAAAAAUCGAUAAUUGGCAAGAAAAAAUUAAAAGUCCUAUCAUUAAAAACUCCGAAAAAAAUCCAAAUAAUAGCAAUACAGAAAAUGGCAAUGUAAAAGAUGAUAUUAUACAACUAGAAUCUCCAAUAAAAACUGCAGGAAAAAGGCCAAAUCUUUUUGAAACUGAAAAAAGAAUAUGAUCUAAAAAUACCCAAAAAACUGGAAGACUAUUGAAAAGUUUUAGUGCAGAUAAUAUUAAAAAGAGUCCAAUAAAGAAGCAAAAAAUUAAAGUUUCGAAAAUAAAAUUAAAUUAA